AUGCCAAGUCGCAUCCCCUCUCGCUCACCAUUUUCUGCAAAUACUUUCGCGCCGCCCUCGACUUUUGCGAGCCGUUCGACGCCCCAUUGCGCAUGUGGUAUGAAAAGAGUGGGCACCCCGUGCUGUUCGAGCUCAGCGUCACGGGCACCUCGGCGCAAGUACUCUUCGAUGCACAGUUUAUUUUUGCGUCUAGACACGCCGAGGAUGACGAACACCAACUGUCACAGGCAAAUCCCUCCGAGACGUCCUCAGGUACCGCCAGGAGGCCUAAACCGCGCACGCAACUGCAGCAGAUGCACAAGAGCGACCCAACGCCUGAUAGCAAAUUGCUGCGCGCACACACGGAUUCACUGCAGCAGCCGUCACAACCAUACUACACAAUCAGUGAGAGUAGGCGAGAUAACAUCCAGCCAUCCUCUAUGCGUCCGAGGGCUGACGCUGCGCAUACCAGCGACUUACCAGACACUCAACAGCCUCUGCAGGCACAGCAUUCACUCCCGAUGA